CAACCAGGAGCAGCUCUCAGUGCCUGGGAUUGCAGUCGCACCUUUUCUCUCACAAACAGGAGCUGGAGAAUAGCAUUGGUCGCCCUUCCACAAACACUGAGUAUUCACUCCCAGAGUCAAUGCUGAUCUGUUCUCCCAACCAGCGUUUUGGCACCUCUGCUUGCCUGGCUAGAGCAAGGGGUCACCUUUAGUAUGGCUGUUUAAUCAGGUCCAACUACCCAGCCCAAGGAAAAGUUUAGAGUCUGGGGGGAGAUGGCCGCUAACCGAGCUGAGAACUUUACUACUGACUCCGAGCAAGCUUCAGACGGGCACGCUGCAGGAAGCCAGGAAGAGAUUCCAAUCUCUCCCUCUCCAAACAGCCAGGAUCCUGCAGCCCAGGAGCUAGUCGAUGAGAAUCCAGGGAACCAGAAUCCGCCGGGGAAGGAGCAGUUGAAUGAAGUGAACACUCCUGUGGAGGUUUUUGUUUUGAACACCGUUCCUGCAGACCAGGAUGUUAAAAAACCAAGUGGUUUGUAUUUGCAAGAUGGGAAACGUCGUGUGGAUUAUGUACUGGUGUAUCAGUAUAAGAAAGCCAACCGCAAGGGGCUCAGCUCCCGCCAGCAGUGCACAGUCAGCAGUUCUCAGCAGGAUCAAACAGAGCCCCCUCUCCAGCCCUCGGAAUUUCCGGAUGAUGAUAGGAGAAUGCGCAGAGAAGAAUUUGAACUAAACCUUAUCGAAUCUGGAUUGGAACUGGAAAGCGAUGAAGAGACAAAAGCUUAUGGCUUUGGAUUUGUGAAGAUACAUGCACCAUGGCAUGUGCUUUGCAGAGAAGCAGAAUUUCUUAAGAUUAAGAUGCUGACUAAAAAGGUCUAUGAAGUAAAGCAGAAAACUGGGAUCCUUGUGAAACUUUCUAACGUUGUGCAUAAAAUGACUUCGCCAUUGCGACCAAAAGUGGAUGAACAAAGUGAUGCUGCGUUUAAGCACCUUUCUUACCCCUUCUCCAGAGAAAAGAAGCACUUAUUUGAUCUUUCGGAUAAGGAUAACUUCUUCAGCAGUACAACAAGAAGCACAAUAGUUUAUGAAAUUUUAAAAAGAGCAACCUGCACCAGGGCAAAAUACAGCAUGGGGAUCACCAGUCUGAUUGCCAGUGGAGUUUACACAGCAGCCUACCCUUUGCAUGAUGGUCAUUAUGUAGGUGAUUCAACAGAGCAAAAUGAUAGGAAGCUCCUCUAUAAAGAAUGGGCUAGUUAUGGAAUAUUUUACAAAUUCCAGCCACUUGAUCUCAUUAGGAAGUACUUUGGUGAGAAAAUUGCCUUCUAUUUUGCCUGGCUCGGAGUUUACACACAAUUACUGAUUCCAGCAUCCACUGUUGGGGUCAUCGUCUUCCUGUACGGCUGCGCAACUGUUGAUGACAACAUUCCCAGCAUGGAGAUGUGUGAUGAAAGUGCCAACAUCACAAUGUGCCCGCUGUGUGAUAAAACAUGCAAUUACUGGAAGCUGAGCUCUACCUGUGCCACGGCCAGAGCAAGUCAUCUGUUUGAUAAUCCCGCAACUGUUUUCUAUUCAAUUUUCAUGGCAUUAUGGGCUGCCAUGUUUAUGGAACACUGGAAAAGAUGCCAAAUGAGGCUCAUCUCCAAAUGGGAUCUCUCUGGGUUUGAAGAAGAAGAGGAACGAUUAAAGGAUCAUCCACGACCUGAAUAUGAGGCCAGGGUUCUGAGUAAAGUUCUUAAGCAGGAACUCCAAAAGAAGGAAGAGAAGUCAUCGGAACCAGUGGAAGAACAGCCAAACAAAUGGAAAAACAGAGUUUGGUCUGCCAUGGCCGGGGUGAAAUUGACUGAAAAGGAGAAACUGACUUGGAGGGAUCGUACCCCCGCUUACAUCACCAACAUCGUCGCUGUUCUAUUUAUGAUUGGUCUGACCUUUGCAAUAGUAUUUGGAGUGAUCCUGUACAGAAUCUCCAUUGCAGCAGCUAUGGCUGUGAGCCCUGACCCUUAUGCGAGAAGCAAUGUUCGGGUCAUUGUCACAGCUACUGCGGUUAUCAUCAAUUUGGUGGUCAUUCUCAUUUUGGAUGAAGUGUAUGGCUCCAUUGCCAGAUGGCUGACAGUAAUUGAGAUUCCCAAAACAGAUAAAAGUUUUGAAGAAAAGUUAAUCUUUAAGGCUUUUCUGCUGAAGUUUGUGAAUGCCUACACUCCAAUCUUUUAUGUUGCAUUUUUCAAAGGCAGGUUCACAGGCCGCCCUGGAAAAUAUACCUAUAUUUUUCCUCACAUGAGAAUGGAAGAGUGUGCUCCUGGAGGCUGCCUGAUGGAACUCUGCAUUCAACUGAGCAUCAUCAUGCUGGGCAAACAGCUGAUUCAGAACAACCUGUUUGAAAUUGGCAUUCCGUAAGCAUUUACCUUUAUCCUGUACAGACUGGUGAAGGACGUGAGACUAGUUCAAUUACUUGUGAACUUGUGCUUUAUUUUUCCUGUUUUUCUUUCCUCCGUAUUGCUUUCACCAAUUAUUUAAGCUUCCAGUGUCUUUUGAGCCUCUGGUUUUAGGCCUGUAUCCUUGGGAGGAGGUGUCUAACCUGUACUCCAGCCUUUCCCAGAGUCACUGGGUAAACAGCUACCAGAAGGUGUAUGACACCAGUGGCAAGCAGUCUCUCUAUGAACUUGUGACUUUUGCUUGCAGCCUCUCCUCACUGGGACGGCUGUGAUCAAGAGCUCACCAAUGGAACAGACAGUCACGCAAACACUAUCCUAAUACAUUCCAAGAGAUAUUUUGGGUGACAGCUAACAGCUGUUAUUGCAUUGGCCUGUUGUACUCUCUGCCUGGUACUUGAUUCUAGUGAAAUCGACCUGAUGUGCUAUCGUAUAACCAGGUGUAGAUAAUAAAAGGUGCAGCCCCAUCCAUUUUGAACAAUCACCCAAGCUGUGCUCCUUCUCCAAUAUGCUGACAGUCCUAUGUACAUCUGUCUUUCAGGUGUUUUAUAUGAUGUGACAUCUAAACAGUAAAUUAUGCUUUUUGGUAUUUUGUGAUAUUGACAAGCUCCGGAAUGUUGUGUGGGAAGAGGGUUGAUGACGUGUUUAUCCA